GCUUGUUGUCACGUUACCUUUGUGUUACAAUGGUCGUUACGUAAUGUAUUUAAUGCCAGCAUUUUCAUAGACGUGAACGUGAAAAAUUAUCAUUUGAGUUCAACUUCAACGAAGAUAUACCAAUUUGUGCAUAACUAAACUCGUUGUCGUAUCUUACAUUCAACUCUGCAUGUCGACCGGUUUCAAUUCACAUCUUCGAGCUCGUAACACAAAGAUGAACAGCCGUUGUAAAACGUUGACAAGCAGACGUUUCAAGCGUCGAAGUAUCAGCUUUCUGUAUUCAAGAUCAUGGAAAAAGAGAUUGUAUCAUUCUGCGGAGAAACAGCUUUCAAAGAUCAAACUAAGCUAACUGCAGAAGUCUUAAAAACGACAAUGGAUUAUUUCCAAGCGGCACGAAUGACCCAGUGACCAGCAACACGUCGAGUUCAUCACGGUGUGAAGGAAAAGAAAACACUAACUCAUAUCUACAGAUUGAUCUACAGACACGUCAUUUCAUCUGCCGUUGUUUUGUGUCCAUUUAUGGGGGUUCGAACGAGGGUGUGAAGAACUGUACAAUAGAACUAUCCGUCGAUGGGACAAAUUGGACAACCAAAAAAUAUAUGGUGAUAACUCUAUGUUAACUAUAUACAUUUGAUAGCCUGACUCUCCAUCGUGAGGCAAACGUUUAAACGUUUCACUUAUUGAUAACCCUAUGUACAUCGGCUUAGUUUCCUUGAAACGCUUAUAAUGAAAUUGAAAAAUUGCCAUUGUUCUUUUAUUAUCAAAUGAAUAACUUUAAGAUUCUUUUUAAAAUUGAGAUCUGUACACACCGAUGCUCGGUUUUUUGUGCAUGCUUUAGCCUAAGUCACAGCCAUCUGUGAGCUAAUAAAAUGCUUAAGGAAAGCAAAGUGUCUAAGUUAUAAGGAGUAAGGGGGGUUCAUUUAAGUAAAUUUAUUCAUUUCUGGGUCUCAUCAUUGUACUAUUCAGUGAAUGAGAUGUGUUCUAUAAAUUGGGGCUUUUGAUUUUGAAAGAAAUUCAGGAACUCAGGCUCGGUGCUUAAAGUCCACCACAACGCAAGGUAUCUGCGAUUCUGGCCCAAAGCAGGUCAAGGCAAAGUGUGUAUGACCACAAAGAUUUUUGGAAUGGAGCCAGGAAAAGCAAAAGUGGUCGACCUAUUUGACAAUGAAAUUGAUAUUGAUCAAUUCCACAGGGACUACCGUCUCAUAUACAACUGGUAGAACAUCCACCACAGCAGAAACCACCAUACCAACUGCUUCUACUACUGCUAAAAUAGCAUCCGCCGCUACCACAGAAUCUAUCACAGCGGAAACCACUAAAUCAACAAAGAACUCUGUGACUACCGUCUCCUAUACCACUACUAGAACAUCCACCACUGCAGAAACCACCACGCCCGCUGAUGUUGACAUCAUCACAACCGAGGACUAUGUGACUACCAUCUCCUAUACCACUACCAGAACAUCCACCACUGCAGAAACCACCACGCCCGCUGAUGUUGACAUUAUGACAACCGAGGACUAUGGAAAACAACAACUCUAUCACUAUGCUGUCUAUGCUCUCGCCGGAAUUGUUUUGGUCUUCCUCAUCAUAAUUGGCGCACUAAUAAGACGGUUAAGACAAGCUGUGAGGACCGGUAGAAACAUUGUUACAGACCAUGAUAUCCCUGUCUCACCUGCUGAACGGCAAGAGCCAGAGUCUGGUCACUAUAUGGAACUCAGGCCUCCUCAAAUGCAGUCACCUGAACCUACGUAUGAGCCAUUGCAAAGCAGAUACUCGACUCAUUAUUACAGCAAUGUAGGAUUUGUGGGGGAAAAAUCAGGGAAUGAUGAUGUUAGAGUUUAUGAAAAUGUUGAGUCAGGUGGUAUCGUCUGAAAUUAAAGUUUAGAUUUUACAUCAAAUUUUCCAACACAAAUUUAAGUGAUCCUACAAUCUUAUUGGUUCGUGGUGUGGGUGAACUUCUCUAAUUUGUCCCAAUAACUAGGAAACAAACGUUAUCUUGAUAUAGUUGGGUGCAAUGUCUUUAUUCGAAAGAAAAAUAAAGGAAAUUGAUGAUGAAGUCAA